AUGCAACCAAAAUUUGUGAUCCCUGGAGGGUGCACAAAGUAUUUGCAACCACUUGACGCACUGGUAAUUGCAAAUUUCAAAUCAAAAACAACAGAUUUCAGAAUCAAAUUCCAAACAGAGCAGAUUGAAAGAAGAUCGAAAAGAACUGGAAACCUCAAAGCUCUUGAUCGCCAGCAACUGAUAAACAUUGCUUCAAAGGCGUGAGAUGCUGUAAGCCCUCAACUUGUCAGAAAAUCAUUUGAGUUGACGGGUUCUUAUGGCGUUAAUCAUCCAAAGAUUUUCAGCCAUCAAGUUAAUAUGAAGAAGUUAAUUAUCUAA